AUGCAACCAACCUCCCCAAUACCCCCACCACAAACACAAACGGCCCCUCCAGGAUCCCGCCGCCGCAAUGACAGCUACUCACCCGGCUCCCCCAUCUCCCACGACAAACCCGACUACUCAAAUUCUUCCGAUUCUGAUGCUACUAAGAUGCCUCAUUCUCACGUCAAGCAUUCCUCUCAAGACACAAAGAAGUCCCAAACCAAAGUCCUGAAGAGCCCAAACCGCUGCCAGAAAAGCCCCAAGAAUUCUCCAAAAAGAGAAAUCCCCAUCAAGUUCCCAAAGCCGAACAAAAAUAACUUGAAGGAACUGAUUUCUCAGAAGCCCAACCGCGUGGAGGAUAGAAGGCAACCUCCAAAGGUAUCAAAAAAUCGGUGUGAUUGUUAUUCUUCAUGCAGCAACCCACCCAUAUCUGAAUCGACCUCCUCCAAUGAUGCUGACGAUGAAGGAUUUGCAAAUGGUCGUGUUGAAAAUAACGAAUCCAAGACAGACGACGACACCUCUGCUUAUAAGCCUCCUAAACGGCAUUCCAAAGGACAUCGUCGCCACGGGGUUGUUGAAAGUGAACAUGACGCUGGUUCUGUCUCCGAUGAUGCCGAUUGCUCCGAUUCCGACAACACUAACGGCCAUGGCUCAGACUCCGCCAACAACUCUGAUGUUGUGAAUGUCGAAGAGGUCAGACGGGAAGAAAGUAGCAAUCUGGAGGACAAAUAUGAAUUCGAUGUUGACUCUGACAUUGUCUACGGCAAUGCUGAUGAUGAGGCUUCCGAUGCUGGAGAAGACGGGCCCGAAGACAGCAAAUCAACUCUUGAAGAUCUCUUAGCAAGUCCCUUGGAUCGUGGUAAACAUGCUAAUUCAAAAAAGCUUAAAGCUCUGACCGAAAAGUCUCCCCAACCAAGUGGCCGCGCCUCUGAUCCCUUCGAGGUCUUUGAACGCCAGUUCAGCCAUGUUGUCGCUGUCGACGGCUGGGGCUAUCGUCGCAACAAGAUCGACUUCUUGGAGCGCGAGCGAGAAGAGAUGGCGGCUCUAACGAGAGCCUCGGAGAUCGCCCAGAACGUUUGGCUCGGCAAUUCUGCAGAUUUCCCGCUUACCAAAGAGGAUCUAUCGUCCUCACGUCAGCGCGCUGCGUUCGAUGAGCGCCCACCAAUGGUGACCUCCCACUUCGCCAUGACAGACGAGUAUGGAAAUGCGCCGUACAAUGUGUGUGUGGAAGCGCACGACCAGGCCGUGAUCACCUCGUCGCUCGAAUUCCAUCUCAACCAAAACUAUCUCGACAGCAUCAAGCAACGCGCCAAGAACAGCAGCCUCUCUGCCGAGCUUGCCGAGAUCAUCCACAUGGAAGUCCCGAGCACCGGCCAAAGCUGCUCAGGGGCCAUGUCCCGCGAUAAGCUUGUGCGCUACUUGGUUGACCUGUGCACAUGGGUCAAGAAGAUCGCGAAACCCGGCAAAGGCAGGGCUGGCCGAAAAGUGUUGAUUCACUGUCACGAUGGAUAUACAGAGACGUCCCUCUUUGCGCCGUCGUACAUCAUGUACACCCUUCCCAACGCCUAUCUGCAUCUGCAGAACGACCAGAACCGCUCGUUCUUUGUCUAUCCCGCGGACGUCCAGCUGUUGCGCCGGGUGGAGAGCCGGAUUGAGCAGGAGCUGCACGAGCAACGCAAGGCACAGCAGAUGCACCGGAUGGCGGUCGAUGAGCCAAGCCGCAGCUCGUUCCUGCGCGGAUGCGUCUCCUUCGGCGUCUCCUCCGUCCACAGCGCCAAGUCCGCCGCCACCCACCCCUCCCCUCCGCCCCGACGCCCUCCCCCCCGCGGACGACCCGGGCACACCAUCCCUGGUUCUACGACCCCCGCUUCGAUGGCCACUUCCCCUUGCGCAUCCUGCCCUUUGUCUAUUUGGGCAACCUGA